CUCUCCGCUGUCCCUGACAGGAUCCUGCACUUUCAAAGACAACGACUCCUUCAAGUCUAGCAGAAGAAUAAAUAAUUGAAGCAACGAGGUGGUGCCGCUUUUAGAAACUCUUCUAACGUAUCUUAUGGGAGACAGGGAGCCGAUGAGUGAAGGGGGAAAGAAGAAAAAGUGGCUGUAGACCACAACUCUGCACUUUUACAACUUUGCCCUUUGAAAGGUGCAUAUAUUUUUUUUCUUUUUUUUGGGGGGGGGGGAAGGUGAAAGGUUUUCAUGAUGUCAGCAGUGAGAGUUGAAUUGGAUAAUCUUUCCUCAGAAGAAAUUGAAUGUGACAAUGACUUCAAAUCCAAUUUUAUUGUGACAAUCACCAGUGAAGCGGAUGUCGAUUACUCUGAACCUGAAUGUAUGGCUUCAAGUAGUAACACCUCUGGGAUGUUUAAGAGCAAGAGCGGAACAGAUAAAGAACACCAACUGAAGCCAUCAAGAAGAAGUAUGCCAUGUUUAGCCCAGAGCCAAACCCACCCCCAGCAUCUGAACAAGCAGUCUACAGUGCUCCAGCAGAAUAAAGUCCAGCCUCAACCAGAUAGUGAAGGAUCGUCAGCAAUCGAUGCAGAGCCUCAGCAAGAUUCUACAAGAGAUACCUACACGGAUGACUCGGAACAUGGAACGUACGACUGCCGCACCGAUCAAUCUCUGCUCAUUCAGCACAAGCUCAACAGACAAAAACAAGCCUCUCGGAAAUCUCAAAAGUGUAAAGAAGAGUCAAUGAACAGGGAGAAGCAGCGGUUAUCGUCGCGCACAGACUCGAGUGAAAUGGCUUCGGUGAUGUCCCUCGGACUAUAUUUUAAAGAUGGAAUAAAACGCAUCGAUUACAUUUUGGUCUAUAAGAAAUCCAGCCCACAGAUCGAAAAGCGCAGCACCUUCGAGAAGAACCUUAGAGCCGAGGGCUUAAUGCUGGAAAGGGAAAAUUCUAUAACCAACAACGACAUUAUAUUUGUAAAAGUCCACUGUCCAUGGGACACCUUGUGCAAAUAUGCCGAGCGGAUGAACAUCAGAAUGCCUUUUAGGAAAAAAUGUUAUUACACUGACUGGAGGAGCAAAACCAUGGGCAGUUUGCAGAGGAAUAUGAGGCAACUUAAAAGCUGGCUGCCUAGAAACCCAAUGAAGCUUGACAAAGAGGCCCUUCCAGACCUAGAGGAGACAGAUUGCUAUACAGCGCCAUUCAGUCGAGCUCGCAUGCACCACUUCACGAUAAACAACAAAGACUCAUUCUUUAGUAACUCCACAAGAAGCCGCAUUGUCCAUCAUGUCUUGCAGAGGACGAAAUAUGAAGAUGGAAAAUCAAAAAUGGGAAUCAACAGAUUGCUCAGCAAUGGAACAUAUGAAGCAGCAUUUCCACCCCAUGAGGUGAGUCUAUCUAUAAGGCUAUUAUCUCCAUAA